AUGACUUCGAGACACAGCAGUUCUGAUGAAUUUUCUAUUUCGACACUUCCCAGCAAGACAAACUAUCGCAACAGAGUUGAGUCGUUAACUCAUUAUUUGUACGACCGUAACCAAGGAACAGUUUUAGGGUGUACUCCCCUGAGAAUAUUCAUCCUUGGAGGGGUCUUUUACCAGAUUCUUGAUUGGAAUAUACCUACGGUAAUUGGGCCUGAUAGCAUUUUGAAUGGCAACCCGGGUUUAGCCUUCAGACCUCAGCCGAAUUAUCUACGUACUUUUAUCCACUACAAGAAGGGUGACGGACCCUCUACGCGGCCCUAUAUUGACAAUAUUGAAUCUCUUAUUCAAUUUUAUGAAAAUGAGAAUCAACAGGGUGAAAAUUUUGCUGAUUGCGAUGCCAUUAAGACCCGAAGGGAUCUUCGGAACAAGGUUUGUCGUUUUGACUUGAUCAAACUUGGAGUCAACUGUGUAAAACAACAGAACUAUGGCUACGAUGAUGGAAUCCCAUGUAUUCUUCUCAAAAUGAAUAAAAUCUUCAACUGGGAACCAGAGUUGUAUGAUAACGGCACUGUCCCCGAGGAGAUUAAAGACCGCUACCAGAAAUAUUACAUUACGGUUUCAUGUGAUGAAUAUUUUAUUUGUAAUUAUUUUCAUAUUUACAUCCUUCUUGCUGGUUUCAACGACGAGAACAGACUUUAUAUUGGAAUAUAUGACUUAUAUUUGAGUAACUCCAACUGGGCCAAGCAUAAAGUAAGAUCUCAAGACGAGAUGGACGAGGACGCCUCCAAGAAUAUUCUCGAAGAGUGGGAUAGUGAUGACGGUCUUUGCAGCAGCCGGAGUUCCGCUAAAACGUGCAAAAGAGUGGGAAAGCUCUUGUUAUUUUUAGUCUGUUUCUUCGGACUCCUUAUACUUUUCUCUGCUGGUGUCAUGAUCUUGUUCAACUAUGUUUUUAACGGGAAAAGACAUGAGGAAGAACCACAAAUAUCUGAAAUAAAAGUUCCCGAAUUGAUAUACGAACCAAAGGUCGACAGCAGCGAUUCACUUAUCUAUUGUAGAUAUAAUGACUUUGAAAUCCGACCAUACGUCAAAAGAAUGAAUUCGUUCAUUAAACACUUAAACCCAACAUCUGUUAACUCCCAAGACUGUAAUGACAACGUCACACAAAACACAGAAAGACCGUGUCGCUUCGACAUGAGUCAACUGGGAAACGUUUGUGUGAAAAAGCGGAAGUUUGGCUUCGAUGACUGUCGACUAUGUCUCGCGUUGACACUGGAGAAAGUAGUCGGUUGGCAACCAAUUGCUUACGAAAACGAAUCGGUUCCUAUGGAGAUCAGGGAUCGAUAUGAUAAUAACGCAGUAACUGUUUCGUGUCACGGCCUACAACCAGCCGAUGACGAAAAUAUAGGACCUGUUGCUUAUUACCCACCGGAGGGCUUCCACUUCAACAAUACUUGCUCCUUGAUCUCUCUUUUUGCCUGUGGUAUUCAUUCAUCCAUUUGUUCAAUUCAAACCUAUACAUUGAACUUGCUGCUUCUUUCUUCUUUUCUUUUGACAUCUAUAUUCUUCAAGCCCUAUUUCCUAAUUAUGUGCCUCUACUUUUCUGACUGUUCACAAGUUUCUUCCUCUUCUUAUAACUUCCUCUUUUGUCCAGAGGCUUACAUGUGA